AUGGCGGCUCCGUACGACUAUUCCGCGUACUCGGCUAUGGAUCCACAUGUGCUACAAAUGGCUGACAUUGGAGCUGGAUAUUGGGGUGCAGGAGCACCAACAUAUGCUCCACUUGGAGGUUUACCACAUUAUCCCCCGUUAUCCUCCGGUACCGAAGCCGACUAUGCCUCUGCCCCAGCCGCCUAUCCAUCGCCGGUAGUACCACCGGUCUCAACCUCGAAUGGUACUGGAUCAUCGGAUGUGUUGGAGAUUGGAAAGUCAAACGUCCCACCAUACGUGGCCCAAACAUCGAACUCUGCCGUAUCGAGCGAUGCACUGACAGCCAUGUACCAGCCGCCCACUGUUUGGCCUGGAUAUCCCGGAUAUAUGGUAGCUGAUUGA